AUGUCUGCUAUGUAUCGCCUCAUCCUGGCAGUCUUAACUCUUGUGAACCUCUCACCCGCUACAUUUGCCAACCUGGGCCGUGACCUGUACAUUGGUGACAAAGAUCUUUUCGGUGAUCGUCUCUACUACCCAUAUAGAGAUAUGUCCAAGCACUUUUCGGACGAAGACACACACACUGUGCACGGCGCUCUCCCCCUGAACCCCGGUGAUAUACAUCCUCCAGCCCCAGGCAAAAAAAGACUCAUUGUUCUCGACAACGAUGGGGUACUAGUACAAAGAAACGGACCCACGGCGGAACAGGCGGCAACUCUACUGAGAGCUUUGAUCGCGAACCCCAACAACGAAGUGUGGGUGAACACUGCAAGAGGUCUUGCUGGUGUAGAUAGUUACCUGAACAUUCCCGGGCUCAACAUAGCGGCGGAGCAUGGGACGAUACUGCGCGUAUGGAGACCUAACACGGAAGGACAGGGGGGAGAACACGAGAUCUUGGGCGCUUAUCACCCUCAGGGCCCAUCGAUGCGAGAUGCAAUGAAGGGAAUCGAACUCGAGUAUGAACACAUUGGCAUGGAGGUGUUCGACGGCCCGCACAACCUUGCGGCAUAUAGGUACGAAGCACCAUACCAAACUACGAACGCUCACGUGAAGGCUCGUGUACAGGGAAUGCUGAGGGAAAAUCAAUUCAAAGAAUUUGAGCUCCGAUUGGAAGAUGGGCGACGCUAUGGCGAAGUCAAGCCUAAACGCGCCGAUAAAGGAAAUCUCCUCUACAUGUUGGCCAGGAAGAAGCGGUACGACCGGGGAUUCAUAAUGGGUGAUCAGCCUGCUGAUGAGGGCAUGUUCCGAGCGGUGAUUCCGGUGAAUGGGAACAAUAAAUUCUUCCACACUGUUAUUGUCAGUGAUGAACCAAGCCAGGCAACGUCUGCGCAAUACAAAUUGCGAAAUCCAUGGGAGGUCCACAAUUUCCUCGAAGAGUUGUCACGAAAGCCAUAA